GGAAGGCCCCAGCAGGUCCGGGCCUCUCUGGUCCUACGCAGGCCCUGUUCUCGAUGUUCUUCCGGAAGAAAAGGAGCGAGAGAGAUGCCGUGCGGAACUAGUAGGACGCGUCGCUCGAUGACGCUCUGGCCCGACGCCGGCAGCCUCUCGGUGGCGCCUGGAGGACCGGCGGGCCGACUGUUGGAGAGCCACAGAUCAGGUCCAGACCCUGGGGCCUGACUCCUUGCUCCUUUCCCUCCUGGUGUCGGACACCAGACCUGGGAUCAUGCCGACGUGGUGACGGAGCUGAGGGCUGGCAGAUGAAUGGAUGCUUGAGGCAGAAUAGGAGUGGACCAGGUAAGGCCCCGUCUAAAGCUAAGAUCUGACACCACGAGGACACAUCAUCCUAGACCUGUCAGUGAUUGAGAGCUUCUGAGCAGGCAGGUGUGAUUAUUUUUCUCUCCAUUUCACAGACAGGGCAGCAGAGGCCCUGAGAAGUCAAGGGCUUCCCUGAGGUCACACAGCGAGUCUGUGGGAGCUUGAGGUCCUCAUCUCUGCUUCCUUGUCCUCUUUCUCCCUGUUCCCUCAUCUUUGUGACUUAGACUGUAUCUUUGCUCCUCAACCUCUUUGGUCUGUGUCUCUGCCUUUCUUUCUCCUGGGGUGACAACCUCAGACACAUGUCUCCUUGUCUCUCCAUCUAACUAGGUUUCCACCCCCACCCCCACCCCUGGAUUAUUUUUUUUUGUCACACAUUGUGUGGUGCUGUUGCUACUCUGGGUUGGAUGCAGGGUACACUGUUUGGAAAUAGAUGAACUUCUUCCAUUUGUCUCUUUCUGCUUGUCGUUCUUUCUGCAAUUCUGUUUUUUUAUACAACCUUCUCUUGCUUUCUUUCAAUCUCACCCUGUUUUUGCCUGUCUCUCGCUGUCAUCUUUGCUUUCUGUCUCCCAGUUUCAGUUAAUGCUUCUCAGCCUCUGGGCCUCCAACAUUCUCUCCCCUCACCUCACUCCUCUCUGAGGUCUCCCCACUUCUAAACUGUGUCUCUGCCUGGCCACAUUAGGCAGAUGUUUAUCUCAUGCUGCCUCUUCUGUGACUCAAGCCCAAGAUAAGGUAAUUUGUGAAUUGCAGAACCAGUCCUCCCUGUCUUUCACUCCAGAAUUGUCUGCUCCUCUCUCUCUGUCUCUCUGUCAUUUUCUGAGUCUUUGUUGUGUACUUACCUUGCUCAUUCUCAGUCCCACUCUCUUUGUCUCUUUAUGUCUCUGCUCUUCUCUGACUGUCUGUAACUGUCUGAAAUGGAGUCCUCUCUCAUUCUUGCUCUCCUUGAGUCUCUUAUUGCUUGUCUCUUUCUGUCUCUGUCUGUCUGGGUUUCUUGUUUUAUCUCCUUUUGCAUGUCUCUGGGACUUUGUUACUGUGUUCCUGUGCCGAGAUUAGGCACGCUCUCUCUGUAGCUGAAAGCUUCCUUUUCCACGCCCCUUCUCUUUUCUAAACCCAGUAAGGGGGACAGACCCACUUUACCCUCAACAAAGAUGGCGGCGGAGACGCUGGUAGUACAGCCGUGAUACUUCUCUGCUGUGGGUCUGCCCUCACCUACGAUGGCGGCAGGCCCGCCCUGUUCUCGUGCUCUACCGUGGUGGGUCCCUGCGCCAAGCUCGCGAGACGACCGUCUCCGCCUCUCGCGCGUCCUCAUUGGUGCGGCUCAGUUCAGCCGCGCGACGAUUGGCUGAGCGGACGCACACCCUCCCUCCCUCUUCAGGUCUGAUGGGGGCGGUUGGUGCUAAUUCGAGGGGCGGCCUGGAGGAGGACCCCGCGUAGCGCAGAGCAGGAGCUGAUCUGGAGCCGGGGCCACAGGCCUGGCAACACCCCGGACAGGGCCAUGGCCCCGCCACUGCCUCCACCGACCGACAGCACCCCACUCCUGCAUGGCGAGUUCGGCUCCUACCCAGCCCACGGUCCCCGCUUCGCCCUCACCCUCAUGCCGCAGGCCCUGCACAUACAGCGGCUGCGCCCCAAGCCCGAAGCCCGGCCCCGGGGCGGCCUGGUCCCACUGGCCGAAGUCUCGGGCUGCUGCACCCUACGCAGCUGCAGUCCCUCGGACUCAGCGGCCUACUUGAGCAUCUACACCUACCCGCGGGGCCGGCGCGGGGGCCGGCGCAGAGCCACGCGCACCUUCCGGGCCGAUGGGGCGGCCACCUACGAGGAGAACCGCGCUGAGGCGCAGCGCUGGGCCACUGCCCUCACAUGUCUGCUCCGUGGCCUGCCACUGCCAGGGGACAGGGAGAUCACCCCGGAACUCCUGCCGCGGGCACCCAGACUGCUCCUGUUCGUCAAUCCCUUUGGGGGCCGGGGCCUGGCCUGGCAGUGGUGUAAGAACCACGUGCUGCCCAUGAUUUCUGAAGCUGGGCUGUCCUUCAACCUCAUACACACAGAACGACAAAACCAUGCCCGGGAGCUGGUCCAGGGGCUGAGCCUGAGGGAGUGGGACGGCAUCGUCACGCUCUCGGGAGACGGGCUGCUCUAUGAGGUUCUGAAUGGGCUCCUGGACCGCCCUGACUGGGAGGAGGCCAUGAAGAUGCCCGUGGGCAUCCUCCCCUGCGGCUCGGGCAACGCGCUAGCUGGAGCAGUGAACCAGCACGGGGGGUUUGAGCAGGCCCUGGGCCUCGACCUGCUGCUCAACUGCUCGCUGCUGCUCUGCCACAGUGGCCGGCGCCCCCUGGACCUGCUCUCCGUGACGCUGGCCUCGGGCACCCGCUGUUUCUCCUUCCUGGCUGUGGCCUGGGGCUUCGUUUCUGAUGUGGACAUCCAGAGCGAGCGCUUCAGGGCCCUGGGCAGUGCCCGCUUCACGCUGGGCACUGUGCUGGGCCUGGCCACCCUGCAUACCUACCAUGGACGCUUCUCCUACCUCCCUGCUGACGUGGAGUCAGCCUCACCCGGCCCCAACCCUGGCCUGCCCCGUGCCAAGUCAGAGCUGACCCUGGCCCCAGGCCCAGCCCCACCCCUGGCCCACUCGCCCCUGCACCGUUCAGUGUCUGACCUGCCCCUCCCCCUGCCUCAGUAUCCCCUGGUCUCCCCUGGCUCACCUGAACCCCUGCCCAUCCUGUCCCUCAAUGGUGGGGGUCCAGAAGUGGCCGGGGAGUGGGGUGGGGCUGGGGAUGCCCCACUGUCCCCUGACCCGCUGCUGCCCUCACCCCCCAGGGAAGCUCUCUCACCCAUGGCCAAAGGGCCCCCAGAAAUGCUCACAUCUUCUGGGUUCCCACCACCCACCCUUGAUGUCCCAGUAGCCAACUCAACCUGUGGCCCUCCAGACCACCUGCUGCCACCUCUGGGCAGCCCGCUGCCACCAGGCUGGGUGACGCUGGAGGGAGAUUUUGUGCUCAUUUUGGCCAUCUCACCUAGUCAUCUGGGUGCUGACAUGGUGGCAGUUCCUCACGCCCGCUUUGACGAUGGCCUGGUGCACCUGUGCUGGGUGCGGAGCGGCGUCUCGCGGGCCACGCUGUUGCGCAUUUUCCUGGCCAUGGAGCGCGGGAGCCACUUCGACGUGGGCUGUCCGCAGAUGGGCUACGCCGCGGCCCGUGCCUUCCGCCUCGAGCCGCUCACGCCCCGCGGCGUGCUCACGGUGGAUGGGGAGCAGGUGGAGUACGGGCCGCUGCAGGCGCAGAUACAUCCAGGCCUCGGUACCCUGCUCACUGGGCCGCCGGGGGAGCCCACGCGCGAGCCCUAAGCCUCUCGUGGAGUUGGAAGCCCGUCGGGGGCGGGGUUUACAUUCCAGGGGGCGGGGCCUGGCUCUAGAGCUAAGGCGGAGGUCCCGACCGCAGGGCCCCGACCCGCAUCUCAGGAUUGCACCCGCCCCAAGGGGAUCAAACAUGCUGGAGAGCAGCUUGAAUUCUAGGGGUGCGGACAUCACGGUUACUGAUAAAUGGGCACGCCUCGAGGGGAGUGCUGGGCCGGGAGUUAGGGCCCCUCCUAUAGGGCGGGGCUCGGGCCGGACCCCGCCUCCGAUUCCUAGAAGGCUGGGCCGGCUGGGGGCAGGUCCUCGCCUACGUGCCGCCUGCUGACUGGACCCAGGAAGUACCGGCUGGGAAAGGCCUUAGGUAAUUGGCCAGUCGGGGCCGGGGGCUCGUCCUGUCCACUCCGGUGCCUCCACCUCACUGGCCACUCAGCCCGGGAGGGGCGGGUUCCCUGGAACCCGCGCUCCUAUUUGCACUAAAGUUUCUUCCCCUGCUGGUGGGGGCGGGAAGCUCAUCUCCCCAGUCUUGUCUCACAUGCGUCCCCCGUCUCUGUUCCCAGACUUAAAAGCAAUUGAAAAGGUCUAUGCAAUAAAGACGCUCGCUUCAUUCCUCUCAA